AUGCUCGCGCGGCCGCGGGCGCCGCGCGCGGCCGGCGCGGGCGACGGCGAGCGGCACUACGCGCGCUGGGUCGUCGUCGUCGGCGCCUACUACGCGAGCCACUGGCUCGGCCUCGCGUCGCUGCACCACCUCAGCUACCCGGUGCACGUGACCUUCAAGAGCUGCAAGGCGAUCCCCGUCGUCAUCGGCGAGCGGCUCCUGACGACGAAGCGCCACGGCGCGGCCAAGCUCUGCGGCGUCUUCGCCAUGUGCGUCGGCGUCGCGCUCUUCCUCCUUUUUACGCCCGAGGAAGCCGCGCACGCCGAGCGGUCGACGUCGCUCCGGGGCGUCGUCCUCGUCGUCGGCGCGCUCCUCGCCGACGGCACGCGCGUCCGCCGGCGCCGCACCGCGCUCGUGUCGCGGUGCGCGAGCGAGUGGACGCUCAUGCUGCACAUGAACGCGUGGCAGGGCCUCCUCUCCUACGCGACGUGCUGGAGCAACGGCGACGAGGCCUCCCGCGCGCUGGCCUUUGUGCGCGCGCACCCGGACGUGUCGCUCGACCUCGGCGCGUUCCUCGUGUCCAAGGCGCUGGGGACGCUCUGCGUCUACAAGCUCCUCCGCGAGUCCGGCACCAUCGUCGUCGCCACGAUCACGACGCUCCGCAAGGUCCUCUCCGUCCUCCUCUCCGUCGCCAUCUUCGGCCACGCGGUCGGCCCCGUCCAGUGGGCCGCGCUCGCGCUCGUCUUCCUCCACAAGUACGUCGGCGAGUACGCCGCCGCCGCGCUCGUCGAACGGAAGAAGCCCAAGGCCGCCUAG